CGUGGCUUUUAUACAAAAUGAUUGCAUUUAUGUUGAAUUGAAUGGCAUUUCUGAUUGAUAUCUAUAUCGACACCAAACUAUAAAUUGCGAUAAAAUAUACAAUUAUUAAGUGAUUGAAAGUCAACGCAAAUGUUAUCAUUGAAUAGCAAAUUGUCCUCAAAUGGCAACCGAUUGGUCACCAAAUACUGGAUGAGCCGAAGACUGGCACAUGACGUGCGCACCGGUAUAUUGAUGCUGAAUAUGGGCGGACCAGAGACUCUCGAUGAUGUGCUCCCAUUCCUCACCAGACUCUUCACCGACAAAGACAUCAUACCACUGCCGGCACAGAGCACAUUGGGUCCAUUGAUCGCCAGACGGAGGGCACCGGUGGUGAGGGAGCGGUACCAGCAAAUAGGUGGCGGAUCGCCUAUCAAGGACUGGACCACAAGACAGGGAACACUGUUGACCCAAACGCUAGACCAACUGAGCCCUGAGUCGGGUCCGCAUAAGUUUUACUUAGGCUUCCGUUACGCGGAGCCCUUGACGGAGGACGCGAUCGCGACAAUGGAAAGAGAUGGAGUGAUGAAUGCGAUCGCGUUCUCGCAAUACGCGCAGUACAGCUGCAGUACGUCUGGCAGUAGUAUUAACGCCAUCGCCAGACACUAUAUACAGACCAUCGGCGCCAACGCAUCGCCCAAAAUGAAGUGGUCUUUCAUCGAUCGGUGGCCGACGAACGCCGGACUCGUCGAAGCCUUCGUCGACUUAAUACAGAAGGAAAUCGAUUGGUUUCCAGAGACUAAACGCAACCAAAUAGUGCUCCUCUUCUCAGCCCACGCCCUCCCACUCCGCGCCGUUAAUAAGGGCGACUCGUACCCAACCGAAGUGAGCGCUACUGUAGUCAAAGUCAUGGAAUCUCUUCAUUUCAAAUACCCGUACCGAUUGGUGUGGCAGUCGAAAGUAGGCCCUAUGACAUGGCUCGCACCUCAGACUGAUGAGGCACUUAAGGGCUUUAGUGAGAAGGGGUACAAGAAUUUCAUAUUAAUACCCAUUUCCUUUGUGAACGAACACAUCGAAACCCUGCAUGAGUUGGACAUUGAAUACGGGCGCGAUUUGGCUAAAGAGUUAAAAAUAGAAAACAUAAGGCGUUGCUCUGCGCCUAACACUCAUCCGGCGUUUAUUAGAGGAAUGGCAUCGAUAGUGAAGUCUCACAUGGAUUCGGGCGAACUGUGCUCUAAGCAACUGAUGCUCCGGUGCCCGCUCUGCACCAAAAGUGUUUGCUCUGACACAAGACAAUGGCUCCAAAGUAUACAUGAUUUGCAGGCAAACAAAUAAACGAUUAAAUCUCAACAAACAAUUAUUUGAUUAUGAAAUCUCUAUAAACGUAGAAAAAUAUUUUUAUUUACAUUUCUAUCAAUGCUUUUAUACUUGUAUUGAUUCUAUUGUUAUUGAAAAUAAAUUUAAGAGACAGUUGAAC